AACAUGAAAGAUUUGAUUGAAUUAGUAAAGGCCCGACCGUUGUUGUAUGAUGAACAAGUCGUUCAAUAUAAGGAUGCUGAAAGUCGACGUUUGGCAUGGCAAGAAAUCGCUUCGGCCAUUAAUCUAUCAGCUGAUGAUUGUAUGGACAAAUGGAAAUCGCUGAGAGCUCAAUUCCGUUACCAUUAUAAAAAACGAGAUAGUUUUGUUGAUUGGAAAUAUGCACAAGACAUGGCCUUUCUUGAACAACAUAUCCGUUGGGGACGUAAAUCCAUUUCAUUCAAUCAAUCCAAUGAUGAGAAUGGUAUUAUUCAACAACAAGAGAAUGGCCAUUAUAACAAAACAGUAGCCAAUUCACCUUUUUCGCCUCGACUUCGUGCUAAAUCAUCACAACGUGUUAGCCAAGAAGACAUUGAUCAAGUUUCAUCUGAAAAGCCGUUAUCAUUAAUCUGGCAUCGAUUGUUGGCUUACAAUCAAAAAAUUAAUCAUAUUUUUGUCAGAAAUUCUGGUAUUUUGAAACAAAAUCUUAAAUCUUUGAUUGGCUUUUCCAUUCUGAUGGUUUGCAUUCUGAUGAUAUUAUUUUAUUUUCAUUCAUUCUAAUUAAUGUCACCGAGGUUACUGAAACUUAUCAUCACUGAAUUAUUGUCAUUUUUCAUUACACCAUUAACAUUUCAUUCCAAUUUUUUUUCGUAGACAAAUUCUCAUGAAAUUAUUGAAUCAUUAUGAUAAAUUUUAACCAUUUAAUCUAUAAAAGAUAAAAAAAGACUCAAUUAAAACAAACAAACAAAGAUUUAUAAAUGUUGUAUGAAAGAAGAGGAAUUGUCAAGUUGGCCAUAAUAUAUAGUGUUUAUAUUGG